GUAUUCGUUGAAGUACGGAUUAACAAAACAAUGUUAAGCACCAAAUUUACAUCGAUCAUUAGAAGAUGGCAACUUUUUUUGGUGAAAUUUUGCCAGUCAUUUCUAGGGCAGUCGAUGAUGAUGACGACGACGAAUCUUUUGAAAAUUUGGAGACGUAUGUAAAAAUCAAAUGGAAAAAGGAAGCCCAGGAAGAAAUGGAGUUGACUAAAGAUAAGAAACUCCAGGCGAAUGCAUUUGUGUUAGCUGUUGGACCGGCAGCUACAGGUUUUACACAGACCUAUGUAACACACAAUAACUACGAGAUUAUUGGGGCUAUGUUCUGUGGCAUGAAAGAAGAUGAUGUCAACACGUUUGGUCAAAUGUCUCCAACAGACAAAACGUGCUACAUUUACAGAAAAUGUGAUUAUCCGAGUGCUCUGGUCUGCGAGUGUAAUUAUGACAUAAGGCCAGAGUAUGCCCAUUCUUUUGUUAACCAGUUGAUGUCUUGCCUUAAUCUCUGUGAAGGACAUGUUGUGAUAUUUGGGUCAACAUUUACCAGUGAAUACAAAUCGGAAGUCCCAACGUCAGAUAUGAACCCGCCUUUUAUGAGGGCCUUGAAGACAGCUUCGUUCCUUGGAACUCCAAUGGCUCCCUAUCUGGAGCAGCCAAAUGUCGCAACUGGCCUCCCUGCCCAAAUGUUGACCUACUGUCACAUUCACAAACUGAACGCUGUGUUGUACAUGUGUUACACAGACUCCAUCCAUCUGGACUUUGCCACUCUAAAAACCUUUCAGCCCCUCAUUGAAUCUACACCUGUUAAAUAUAUGCGCGAGGAAAAUAAAAAGGCUAGUGAAACCCUGAAGAAAAUUGUGGACUUGCAUACAAAGCACAGUACUCUUUACAUGUAGUGAAAUUCAACCUCAUCCCUUUGCCUUCUGUGUACAUCCCUGGCACUGUGACUCUUCCUACCUUGAAUGUGUUCACCCCCCCCCAUCUUACCCUGGAGCAGCCAUCACUGUGUGUGUGGGAUGCGUGUAUACCAUUUGUGUUGAGAUUUGACCCGGCAGGAGCUGCGAUCUAAUUGGCUUUGUGCCACUAGAUAAUAGCAAAGAUAGCAUUAGAUAAAUACUUUUACAAUAUGGUUAAACUCGGUUAUAGCCAAGUCCUAGGGACCAAUGGAUUUACUUCGGUAUAUCCGUGAUUCAUGAUAUCCGUUUAACGAAAUCGUAAUAAUAACUGGAGUGAAUUUACUAUAUACAUGUUUUCUUUCCCCAGACUUCAAUUUUGCUAAUUGAGCCUUAAGAAUGAAAAUACAUUCUUUUGAUACCUUUAAUAAUGAGACUGUAAAUUGAAGAAUUUAUGAGAAGAUAAUUUUAUUCAAACCAUUAUUUUAAAUGGUAGUGCAAACUUUUUAAAACUGUAAAGAAAUUCGUUAUAAAAGUGUAUAAUUUCAUCAUUAUUCACCUCUACUGGGCUCAAAACGAGUUUGCUAUAUCCGUAUCCGAAUUCCUUAUAACAGUAAAAUUUUGCAAUUAUUUGUUAAGAGUUUUACCCUGAACUAAAAAAACUUCUCUAUUUCUGAGAUUUCGCUAUAUUUGUGUUUGUACAUGUACUAAACAAGUUUUACUGUAUUACUUUCAGCUCAGAGGUAUUUAUUGUAAUUGUAUGACAUCUGCUAUGAAUUUGAAAAGAGAUUUUAAUUGGUUUUUAUUUUUGUAUUAAAUUUAUGCUGAUUUUUUUUAAUUUCUCAACUUUUAAUGUAAUUAUUUUGAAAGAGGUAAACCAAAAAAAACCAACAUCUGUUUGUUCUCUAUCAACAUAUACAUUGUACAUAAUAAAUUUUAAUAUGAGUCUA